AGCCGAGGCGGCUUCGGUUCCUCUUCUCGCGAGAGCGGGCGAGGUUUCCGGUGUUGUGACUGCGGGGCCGUAAACAUGGCGGUGAGUCUCCGCGCCCGCUCACUGAGGCACCUCCGUAUCCGAGGCCGUAACGACAGCGGCGAGGAGAACGUCCCCCUGGAUCUCACCCGAGACCCUUCUGAAAACCUGAGAGAGAUUCUCCAAAAUGUGGCCAAAUUGCAGGGGGUUUCGAAUAUGAGAAAGCUUGGCCACUUGAAUAAUUUUACCAAGCUUCUUUGUAAUGCUGGGCAUACUGAAGAAAAACUGGGUUUCACUUAUGAAGACAUCAUCAUAUGUUUGCGGUUAGCUUUACUGAAUGAAGCGAAAGAGGUCCGAGCAGCAGGGCUACGAGCCCUUCGGUAUCUUAUCCGAGACUCCAGUAUUCUGCAGAAGGUGUUAAAAUUAAAAGUGGAUUACUUGAUAGCCAGGUGCAUUGACAUACAGCAGAGUAAUGAAGUAGAACGGACGCAGGCGCUUCGUUUAGUAAGAAAGAUGAUCACUGUGAAUGCUUCAUUAUUUCCUAGUUCUGUUACCAAUUCCUUGAUAGCAGUUGGAAACGAUGGCCUUCAGGAAAGGGAUAGGAUGGUUCGCGCAUGUAUUGCCAUUAUCUGUGAACUGGCAAUUCAGAAUCCAGAAAUAGUUGCUCUUCGGGGUGGUCUGAGUACCAUUUUGAAAAAUGUGAUUGAUUGCCAGUUAAGUCGCAUAAAUGAAGCUCUCAUAACAACUGUCUUGCAUCUUCUCAAUCAUCCAAAGACUCGGCAGUAUGUGCGAGCAGAUGUUGAAUUAGAGCGGAUUUUAGCUCCCUACACAGAUUUUCACUACAGGCACAAUCCAGAUACUGCAGAGGGGCAGCUCAAAGAAGACAGAGAAGCACGGCUCUCCGCAAGCAAAAUGGGAAUUGUAGCGGCAUUUCGAUCAUGGGCAGGCAUUAUCAGUUUGUGCAAGCCUGGCAAUUCUGGGAUCCAGUCUCUUAUUGGUGUGCUGUGCAUACCUAACAUGGAAAUACGGCGAGGCCUACUUGAAGUUCUUUAUGAUAUAUUUCGCCUUCCUCUUCCUGUUGUGACGGAAGAAUUUAUAGAAGCACUUCUCAGUGUAGAUCCAGGUCGCUUUCAAGACAGUUGGAGGCUUUCUGAUGGCUUCGUAGCUGCAGAAGCUAAAAUUAUAUUACCUCACCGAGCUAGAUCGAGACCUGACCUCAUGGACAAUUACUUGGCACUAAUUCUCUCUGCUUUCAUUAGAAAUGGACUCUUAGAAGGCCUGGUUGAAGUGAUCACAAGCAGUGAUGACCACGUAUCUGUCAGAGCGACCAUUUUAUUGGGUGAACUUUUGCAUAUGGCAAACACCAUUCUUCCUCAUUGUCACAGCCACCACUUACAUUGCUUACCAACAUUAAUGAAUAUGGCAGCUUCUUUUGACAUUGUAAAGGAGAAAAGACUACGAGCCAGCGCCGCACUAAAUUGCUUAAAACGCUUUCAUGAAAUGAAAAAACGAGGACCUAAGCCGUACAGCCUCCAUCUAGAUCACAUUGUUCAGAAAGCCAUGUCAACACAUCAGAAAAGGGAUCAAUAUCGUGUGCAGAAGGAUAUCUUCAUUUUAAAGGAUACUGAAGAAGCAUUGGCAACAAACCUUAGAGAUAGCCAAGUUCUUCUUCACAAAGAGAAUCUCGCAUGGAACUGGAAUCUGAUAGGGACCAUACUUAAGUGGCCAAAUGUAAAUCUAAGGAACUGUAAAGAUGAACAGUUGCACAGAUUUGUACGACGACUGCUAUAUUUUUACAAGCCCACUAGCAAAUUGUAUGCCAACCUGGAUCUGGAUUUUGCAAAGUCAAAACAACUCACAGUUGUAGGUUGUCAGUUUACUGAAUUUCUUCUUGAAUCUGAAGAGGAUGGUCAAGGCUACCUUGAGGAGUUAGUAAAAGAUAUUGUACACUGGCUCAAUUCUUCCUCUGGAAUGAAACCGGAACGCAGUCUCCAAAACAAUGGAUUACUUAACACUCUCAGUCAGCACUACUUCUUAUUUUUUGGUACACUCUCCUGCCAUCCCCAUGGAGUGAAAAUGCUUGAAAAGUGUAAUGUAUUUCAGUGUCUCCUUAAUCUUUGCUCUUUGAAGAACCAAGAUCACUUACUAAAACUGACGGUAUCUAGUUUGGACUACAGCAGAGACGGGUUGGCAAGGGUCAUCCUUUCCAAAAUCCUAACCGCAGCUACUGAUAGCUGCAGAUUAUAUGCUACAAAACAUUUACGAGUACUGCUGAGAGCCAAUGUAGAGUUCUUCAGCAACUGGGGAAUAGAAUUAUUAGUCACUCAGCUGCAUGACAAAAAUAAAGCAAUUUCCUCUGAAGCUCUUGAUAUUCUUGAUGAGGCUUGUGAAGACAAGGCAAACCUUCAUGCCCUCAUCCAGAUGAAACCAGCACUGUCUCACCUAGGAGACAAGGGUUUGCUUCUGCUCUUAAGAUUUCUGUCAAUUCCAAAAGGGUUUUCCUAUCUCAAUGAACGAGGAUAUGUGACAAAACAAAUGGAAAAAUGGCAGAAGGAAUAUAAUUUAAAAUAUGUUGAGUUGAUAGAGGAGCAACUUAAUGAAGCGCUUACCACUUACCGCAAACCUGUUGAUGGUGAUAAUUAUGUUCGUCGGAGCAACCAAAGAUUACAACGGCCACAUGUCUAUCUGCCAGUUCACCUUUAUGGUCAACUGGUACACCACAAAACAGGCUGCCAUUUGUUGGAAGCUCAGAGUAUUGUUCCUGAUCUGAGUUACACCGUUCGUUCCCCUAUGCUGGAUAAAUGGGAAGGAAUAAAGCAAUUAAAGGCUGCUCUGUGGGCACUGGGCAAUAUUGGAUCUUCAAACUGGGGUCUGAAUUUGCUUCAAGAAGAAAAUGUGAUUCCUGAUAUAUUGACCCUUGCCCAACAUUGCGAAGUCUUAUCUAUUAGGGGGACCUGUGUCUACGUGCUUGGUCUAAUAGCCAAAACAAAGCAAGGCUGUGACAUUCUAAAGCAUCAGAAUUGGGAUGCAGUACGACACAGCCGUCGGCAGCCUUGGCCAGUAGUCCCUGAUGACAUGGAGCAACUCUGCAACGAACUCUCCUCUAUUCCCAGCACACUUAGCUUGAACUCAGAAUCUACCAGUUCAAGGCACAACAGCGAAAGCGAAUCGGCACCAUCAAGUAUGUUUAUUUUGGAAGACGAUAGGAUUGGUAGCACCUCUACCAGUACCUUCUUCUUAGACAUCUCAGAAGAUGCGGAGCAGAAUGCCUAUGACCGAACUGGCCCCUUAAAGGAUAAGGAUCGCAGUCCCUUCCCCUUUUUUGCCUCCAGCAGGCUUGUGAAGAAUCGCUUUUUAAAUUCUCUAACCUUGCCUAAUAAAAAGCAUAGGAGUAGCAGUGAUCCUAAAGGAGGGAAACUGUCAGAAAGUAAGUUGGGCUUGAGGCGAAAUCGUACAGUAACUGAGCCUUCCAGCAGCAUGGAUUUUACCCAGGGGGAUGAAUUUACCCCUAUUUUCCGGGUGCCUAAAAUCCACACCCUGAAACUAGAAACUUCAUUUGUUGGUGGUAGGCACAGUGAAGAUGUAGACAGCUCCCCAAGUAUUGGUGAAAAUGAACUAAAGCUUCCCAAAAGCUUUUGCCAUGAAAACCACAGAGAAAACACCAGCCGAGAGAGGCUAAUGGGAGAAGUUUCCACACAGACUCAUUUCAAAAGCCGUAGCUUGAGUUUCAACACAGAUACCACAACAAGUGGGAUCAGUUCAAUGAGCUCAAGCCCUUCACGGGAAACAGUGGGAGUGGACACUACAAACAUGGACACGGACUGUGGGAGUUUAAGUACUGUGGUGAGUACCAAGACAGUUAAGAUGAUCCAUUGUUCAACCCCGCAGUCCAACCACCUGCCUCUCUCAAAAUCAAACUCCGUCUCCCUGGUACCACCAGGCUCCUCGCAUACCCUUCCUCGGAGGGCACAGUCGCUAAAAGCGCCUUCGCUUGCUACGAUAAAGAGCCUGGCCGACUACAACUUCAGCUACACCAGUUCUCGAGAUGCCUUUGGGUACGCAACGCUAAAACGCUUGCAGCAGCAAAGGAUGCAUCCUUCUUUGUCUCAUUCAGAAGCCCUGGCAUCUCCUGCAAAGGAUGUGCUCUUCACCGACACGAUUACAAUGAAAUCUGGUAGCCUAGACUCCCGACUAACACCAAACAGAUUCAUGAGAGCUUUAAGUUACGCCUCGUCACUAGACAAAGAAGACUUACUAAGUCCUAUUAACCAAAACACGUUGCAACGUUCUUCUUCCGUUCGAUCCAUGGUGUCCAAUGCUACUUUUGGCAGUUCUGACGAUUACAUUGGCCUUGCCCUCCCAGUUGACAUAAACGAAAUAUUCCAGGUCAAGGAAACUCCUUAUUUCCAGAAGAAAACAAUGCCUUCAGUUGAUGAACGAGGAGCUAAAACUUUUGCCCAAGAUUCUGGAGGUUUUCCAUGUGGCUCUACUGAACUAGUAAAGAGUCCCUUCCAGAUACUGCGGCAGCAGAUCAGCCUGACAGAGAUUAUGACCACAACCCGCUCAGAUGCCUCUCAGUUCCUAGAAAACAUGGAAGACACUGGGCUCCAAGAGCACACAGAAGACAAUUGCCUUUAUUGUGUCUGUACACACAUUCUGGGAUAUCAACAUAACAACAAGGUGAACUCUACAUUGACUCGCACAGAGUUUUCAGACAUUCCUUACUCUGACUGGUGUGGAAAAUCCAUGCAUAACCACCUGGAUGUGGUUACCCAUUCCUCAAAAUUUUCUGGGAUUUCAGGAUGUAGUGAUGCUGUAUCCCAUGGCUCAGCUAGUAGCACCAAGAGUACAGAUCUUGUGAUAGGAGUAAAGUCAAUUCCAGAUGACACCCCAGUAUGCCGCAUACUACUGAGGAAAGAGGUCUUGCGAUUAGUAAUCAACUUGAGUAGCUCAGUCGGAACUAAGGGCCAUGAAACAGGGCUCUUGACAAUUAAAGAGAAAUUUCCCCAAGCAUUUGAUGACAUUUGCCUGUAUUCUGAAGUGUCCUACUUGCUCGCCCACUGCACAUUUCGAUUACCAUCUCGAAGGUUCAUACAGGAGCUGUUUCAAGAUGUACAGUUUAUACAGAUGCAUGAAGAAGCAGAAGCUGUUCUAGCAACACCGGCAAAUCAACCAAUGGUUGACUUGUCAACCGAAUCCUGACCUCUCCUUUUCCUGUGGUGCAGUAAAUAUGAAGUUGCUGGUAGCCUUGAACGACUUCCAGUUGGCUGGUCAAUGAUGCAAGAAGCCUGAAUUGUUCCUGGUACUUGGAAUUGGAGCUGCAUCCUCCAUCACCCGAGCCCUUUGGGAAUUGUUAAAACAGUGAAAGUAACAGCUACCAAGAUAUGCAAGAAGAACCAAGAACCAAACACUUGCACAGGUUUCCAUUUCACUAAUUGUUAAAUGCAGCAUCGUAACGAUAGAAGGCAGUUUGCAGGGACAUGUUUUACGUGGCUGAUUUUUGACUUCCGUUCUGGAGGAACAGAGAGUGAUGCCUUGCGUGUUGAAUUCCUGGAUCUCGGGAGUCAGGGUAUCUUAGGCCGUAUAUCCCACUGUCGUCAGUGGAGCAUGCGCUGAGCAUGAACAUCUGGGGAUUAAUGAUGGGCGAGCCUUCCGUGAUAUUUUUCUUAAUUUUUGUAAACACUAUUUGGGAAUUUUCCAAUGUGUGUGUGUGUGUGUGUGUGAGAGAGAGAGAGAGAGAAUAUCCUCAGUAGCCUGGGGUAGUCUUAAGUUAUUUUAUUGUUGUUACAUUAACAAGAAUUUGUGUUAGCAGUCUGUUCCAUUUUGUUGCAGUUACAUGUAAUGACGUGGUAACUUAAUCAAUUAAGGAAUUUCACUACAGCUUGAUUUUAAACAAACCAAUCAUCUUAUCAAUCCCCCGGAAUCCAGUUUUUUUCUGUACAUAAUGCAUGUUGUUUGGGCGGGUUUUUCUACAUUGAUACUCAUCCAAUAUGUAAAUUGGUUGUCUAAAUGUAAACCUUUAACAAGCAUGACUUCUGUCAGAUAAGGGUGCAUACUUUAUCUAGCAAAACAGAGACAUAUAUAUAUCUACCCGUUGCUGCUUUUGAUCAGGAGAGAAAGAUUUCACAAAAUUAUUUUCACAUUCCAUGGCUUUACAUUGCUCUAAACCACUUUGUUUCAGUCACAUACGUGAAAGGUGAAUACCAGUAACUGCAGUGAGACGCCUUAAACACACCAUGUUAAAGUCGGCCUUGGUAAUCCAGUGUUCUUUCAGAGAUGUUUUGCACAAAUUACAUGAUGGUGACAUUGUGUAGGUCAGUUCUCCCCACAUCCUUAUUGGGUGAUUCUUAAAUUGAAACAUACACAUUUUGUCCCUGACGGAAAGACAUCGAAGUUUCAUAUAGAAUCAAAUAACUGAUAUAUGCAAACAUGUAUAUAGAAAUGCCCAGUUUCUCUGAUUACAAAGGCUGUAGUGGAAUGUAGUCACUUUAUAAUUUCUUGUGUAUGGAAAUAGUUCAGCUGGACUGUACUGGGAAGAAAAUGUCCAUUGACUUCACCAUCCCUUCCCCUUCACAUUUUUAAAAUAAAUACAAGGGUCCUUUUCUCCAUCUGGAAUUAGCUCAAGUUUGUAUAUUCCUUAUCUAAGCUUAACUAAUAUGUUAAUUGUUUUUUAUGUGUGUUCACGUGUUAGGAUCUUGUUGUUCCUAGGCAUUUGUAAUGUAUUUUUUUCAUAUGACUAUUUCUUUAUGAAAUGCAACGUUCUUUGCUGCCUAUCCAUUCUUCAAGUUUUGCUCCGCAGCAGCUCAUGGAAAGGAGGCAGACCUCUAUUAAAAUUAGAAGUAGGAAAAUCAUCUCCCGAUGGACUUGGUUCCUUCCUGUAGCAGCCCAUCUUUUCCAGCCUUUGCUGAUGGUUGGCAAACGAUUGCAGCAGCAUCUUUUUUUCCCUAGUCUAAAUGCUUCUUGUUAUGGAGCUUUCUGAGUCCCUUUAGAGUAGGCUUCUAGCCCUUAUUGCCACCUUUCUAAAGAAGAAGAGGGGCCAGUAAGGCAUAGGGGAUCAACCGUCUUAGGAACAGUUUCCAUUUCUUAGCAAACCUCUUGUGUGAAUUCCAGCCCUUAACAGCCUCAAGCAGAACUCUUUACGGGGUAGAAUUGGAGCAUGGUCUGGUGAAUCUAAUUGUUCUGUGUUGGUGUUGCAGGUUUUAGUUUCUCAAACAGUAGUGUGAGACUGCAGAUGCAGGUGGAUAUCCUUCAGCAAGGCCUGUUCUUAUGUACUAAUCCAUACAUCCUGACUCUGGAGCUUGGGGCUGAGCAGGGAAAUAGUACAAAGCACUAAGCUCUUUCGGUUCUUACCUUUUCAGCAGUUCACAGAUUCCACAACUAGACUGUCAUACUACUGUAUCUUCGUGCCAGUUGUUCAACAUGCACCUAGCCAAAAAAAUUUAGCAUUUUAAAAUUCCCUUCAAAUAGAACAUUGUAUAGCAGCUUUGAGUGUCAUCUUCUGUUAUCAUCCUCAGACAAUCUCUGUACAUCCCAUUGUUCUGAGGAUGCUAAAGGCAAACUCCCUUAUUCCUCUUCCAGUGAUCAACAAUUUUCCUCCUUGGACUGAAUUUUCUGCUAAAGGCACUAAUUCAGGCUUCUUUCAAGCCACUCUUCAUAGAUCAAAAUGAUCUUACUUGUAGAAAGGGAGACGGGUGUUGGAACUAUGUGCCCCAUGCUAAGUUACAUGUUUUGCACAGCAAGCAACAAUACUUGUCCAUCUCUUGAUUUAAACCCAUGGCAAAUUCUACUAUUCUCAAAGGCUAGAGUACUGUAUCCCAUGGAUUUACUGUGGCAGCAGAAAGGACACAGUUGGCCUUUCCUGUGGGCUAACCCACGAAAGACAUCUCUGAUGCCGUUCCAACCUGUCGUUCUAGAAGAAAGAAUCUAAGGGGACCCCCUAAGACAACGUGGCAUUUUUGGAUCAGGUUUUUAGAUGCUUUUCCUUGGCACUGCUCAUUCUUGCCUCUCUAAUCACUUGUGAUCUAAGGAACUGGGACCAUAAGAGGUUAGACAGCUUCUGGUUUUUUAGGGGUCCCUCCAUCCGUAUUAAUGUUGCUUGCUGCUUUGGAAGCCCUAAGGUAGGAGGCUGCAGGAAGGGAUGAAGUUCUUCUCACCAGAAUUUUUCUUCUUUCUUCUUUUUCUGAGCUGUGGAGCAAACCUGUAUGUCUGGAUUUAAGAUAACCCAAGGAAGAUAAUAACUCAACUGACCAUUUCAACCUUCCUGAAAGUAUUACUUGGCAACACAAAUUUCAUGGAAUGUUUUGUUACAUUGCAAUCCUUUCAGGGACAUGCGUGGGUGUACACACCACAGUUUAGUUCCCGGAGGAUUUGGGAAGAAGGAGCACCCUCCUUCUGCUUACCUAAUAACUAUAUGAUGAGACGAUAGAAAUAGGUUUGAUAAUAUCUAACAGUAUUUACAGAGAUCACUUGGAAAACCAAAACACCAGGCACCAUAGACAAAAUAAUGGUGUAAACUCCAAAGGACUAGCAUAAUAUUCCCAGUAAAGACGGAAAUAGCUGAUUGUUAGUAGUAGUUGUAAAUGCUACCUCAGUUAGUACAGAGUAAUAAAGUCUUUAAAGUCAUAACUCUAGUUGGAGUUAAAUCAAAAACUGUGUAUUUUGCAAUUCUAGUUUCAAAAUGGAAGCAGUAGAUGAGGGUGAGUUUAUAUCUAUAUUUAACAAAGCAACAUAUCUAAGUGGCUAAGCUUUCUGACCACAGCACUUAGUGAAGAGAUAUUACAAACUGUGGAAAACACUGACAACACAUAUCCUUCUGCAUUUUUUUUACCACCCCCUUUCUUUUCAAACACCAAUAGCUCUGGCUUCCAUUCUGAAUAUACCUCUGAGGUUAUUGAACUAAUUCAGUGGCAGUGUUACAAGUCAACAACCGCAAAAUAACAUCAAAUGGUUUUUUUAAAGUACAUGUCUAGAAUUCAAUAGAUUUCAAAAUGUGUAAAGGAUGUAACUUAUGAGAAUAUAAAUCUCAGGCUGUCAUGCUCUGUCCAGUUUUUCCCAUAGCGCUCCUCACUUCGGGAAGAAAGUUGGAGAUGUGAAUCCAGGAGUUCCUGCAGGGUUUCACCUGGCUUGCAGGCUAAACCCUGCAAAGAAUGGUGUCCCAGAAGGCUGUGGGUGAGAAUAAUUUGUAUUUGACAGCCUUUCCUGCAUUCACUGUAUUCCAGAUACACUGAAGUUCUGCUUCCUUAAGAGAAUUUAAAGAUAAAAUAAGGAUUGUAUCAUUUAGCCAAAAUCUUAGAUUUGAUGCCUCAGAAGUUCAACAACUCAACUUAAAGAGUGAUAUGAAAGGGGCAUGGGGAAAACCUCUAAAUCUUCCUACUUGGUAUAUCAAACAGGGCUGGUUUUAUUCUUCAAUCUCUUUUAUAUCAUUAGGGGCGAAACAAAAUGGUGUUCCUUUGAGACUGCCUGUUUUUCAAUAAGCCCCGUUAACUUGACCCUUUGGGGUUCCCUUCUGUACAGAAAGCCUUGACCCGAUUGAGGGGCUGAGCAUGUUGCGUGUUAUGGCCUUUUCCAGUUGUGCUUUGCUACUAGGUUCCACCUAGAAGUGAGCUAGUGGUGAUGGGAACAUGGUCGAAUCCUUUAGAAAUUCUUUUUUUUCUAGAAACGGAGAGCCUCAUGUUGUUUUCACAAUUUUAUUUAGGUUUAUCUUCUUAAAAACUCCAGAUUUGCUACAUAUUUUUGUUAACCAUUUUAAAAAAAAACAAGUAAAGAAUGUGGAUUUUCUUUGGAAUAUUUUUGUAAAGUAGGCAGAUAGCAAUGCCACAGCAUGCAAAAUGUGCACUUUUUGCUUGAACUUGCUUGUAAAAUAAACACUAUUUAAUUUGAAAAAAAAUGUAAUUUAUGCCAAAAAGGUAAUUUGCCAAUUUGCCACUGCAUAGGUUAGAUUAGCACAAACAGGAAGAGCUUGUGCUGCGUUUGGGGGCAUUUUGUAGAUGUAAUUGGGGUGGGAGUUAAAUAGUGGUUGCCAAUAUCUCAGACAAUGUAAAUUUAGUCAUGAUGUAAAUUUAGUCAUUCUGAGGAGGGGAAGAAAUAAUGGAAAAAUUCAAAGCUCAUUUUCUCCACCCCAUGUGGUCAUAUUUUCUUUUUUUUCUCUUUUUUUUCUUUUUAGUUGAUGAGCUGCUACAUAUUUGGAAGUUGUAUUGUUUGUAGGUCACUGAAUGGACAUUUGAAAUCUGAUUUAUAUUGUAUACCUGUAACAUAGAAAGAAAAAGAUAUUUAUAUUUUCUGUAAGAAUAUUUCAUUGAGCUGUAUAUAAUUUUAAAGAGGCUUUGUCUCAGAAUGGUUCUGGCCACUUUUGAUUCUUUUUGUUUUCUUUUUAUUUGGAUUUUUUGUAUAGUGUGUACAGUUCAUGUCUAUGAGCAUAAAAAGCCUCCUGAAGCAUUAUCUUAUCAAAGGGAUGCAUUGUUAAUAAACUGGACUUUAAACUUCA